AUGAUCUUGGCAUUGCGGCGGGGACAAACCAACAAGGAACUGGAUAAAAAAGCAGCAGAUGCAAUAAAGGAGGAUCAGCUUGAAAAUCUUGCCCACAGUCACAUUAAAAAAUACAACAAUGAUGGCAGUGACGCUCUUGUUGUGCCUCAAGCACACAUAUCCACGGACCCGAACCCAUUUUUGGAUGUUAACGGCAUCCAGCCAAUGCCAACAACCUUAUUACGAGCACGAGUAUUGCAAAAUCAACAUCCUGGCGCAUAUGCAGUUGGGGGCAUGGGCAAUCACUCUUCAGCUAAUAAUCACAGCAUCACCCACAAUGCGGAAAAUGUCCCAUGGGACAUCACAAGCAGGAGCACAACUGAAAAUAGGGGGCUACCACUUGCAAAUCAGGUAGCCGAGAACUCAAGUUUACAUCUAGCAGAUUUGGAAACUGAACACAGCAAUUUACGGGAGAAAAGGGAUGAUUCCCCUUUGGUGGUUUUCGGAACCAUUUUCUACCUCCUUUGUCUGCUUGUGCUCAUCGUUGCGGUUGCUGUGGUUGCAAGCUCCAACGGGAAUGAAGAAGGAAAAGAACAGAAUGGUCCUUUGGAAUCACAAACAAUGGCCCCAUCUGGACUUCCGGAUGAGACACUCAACUUCUCCAGCAUUGAGCUUUUGAUCAUACAGGAAUUUCCCAAUUACGCACUGAAGCACUUGAGGAACCGGACUCUCCUCAGUCCCUUGCCUAUGAAUGGUUACAGGAUGACUUGGAUGUAA